UCCGCGCUGAGCCCGGAGGUCUCUCGCGGUGCCGCGCGUCGACGGGCGGCCUCACCUGGUGUCCCUAAAUCACCGUCGGAGCGCGCGGUAGCGCGCGUCAUGCUCCAUGAGACGGCACUUUCCAGCUCGCCCGGAUGUUCUCGGGACGGAUAGUAGCGGGAUCCAUCGCGCGGCGCGUCGCUCGUGAGACAAGAAAAAUGAGCGCGUAGGAGAGAGAGAGAGAGAGAUAAGGUUGGAUGGGAGGGAAAACGGGACGAGCCUGUGUCACUCGCUGAUCGCCGCUGGUCUCCGCGAUUCUUGUCCGCCGAUCCGAUCCGCUCCGCUCUCGUUCCCGUUCUACUACCCCCGCGGUGCUGCACCUCCCCGCGCGGCCGCGCUUUUGAAAUCGACGGCGCGCCUCGGCCCGCUUUACCCCCUCGUCGGGUAUGAGCUCCUGAUACCGUCCCGGAGUUCUGCUUCCUCGAAUUCUUGUAUUCCGCGCGACAACGUGCGGCCGAUUGUCCUCUGUCGCACGUACAAUCUAAUUCGACUAACGAAGUAACGAAUACCUCAAGAUCUGCGUUAAUUGUCUUAUCUUAGAUGAUUGCGUCGCGCAUACAUUAAAUUAACGAGACUAGAUGUGAAUUUUUGCACGAGACGUAUUUCGUUACGUACAGCAAUCGCGCCAUUUAUUUGCCGGGCAAAAUAAUCGCCGGCGGCUUCACCGAAAUCGCGCGCGUAAAAACGCGCGAAAAGAAAAUCGCGCCUUUCGAAAUUCGCGCCAGCGGAAUAUAUUCGAUCGCCUGCUCGAAAUCAUGCUCGCCUAAUAACGCGAAUUCGGCUCCUGAUAUUCGAAUUCGCGGCUCACUUCGCACGCAUCCCCCCCGGGAGGGCGCGAAAUUCGAAUCCGAGCACCUCCUCGCGCGGCAUACGCUCCUGAUAACUUUUCUCGGAUUUUUCGAGGCUGCGGCCAGUAGCCAAUAGACCCUAGGACGUCUCGGAGUACAAGUCAAUGAGCGAAACGGGCGAGAUCUCUCGUUGCAGAGCGCGACCGUGCGUGCGUCCUCCUCUCUCUCUCUCCCCCUCCCUCCGGCGCGGCUGAACGAAGAGCGGAAGAGGUGCGGACGAACGGACGACGCGACGGCAGCGCGCCGGGCCGUGUUAUCGGUCGUAUCUACGAAGAAGCGUGGCGGCGCCAAGUGCGGUGUCGUCGUGUCCGUACUCGAACCUCAAAAGGGACUGAAAGGGACGGCCCUGCGCGCGGAGCCGACGUAGCACUGCGACGACGAAGAGAAGAGACCACCGACCAGCCGUGCCAGAGGAUGGACGGUCACUGGGCGUCGCGGCUCCUGGCGCUCGCGGCGUCGGCGAGCCUGCUCCUGGCCGCGUGCGCGCCGGGCCACGUAGCCGGCUCGGGGGUGCUGCAGAUACGCGGUAUACCGGUGGCCAAGAACCCGCUCUACCGGCCGGACCGCGACUUCGAGUGCCUGGACGGCAGCCGGCUGAUACCGUUCGCGCGGGUCAACGACGACUACUGCGACUGCGGGGACGGUAGCGACGAGCCCGGGACGGCGGCGUGCGCCAACGGCUACUUCUACUGCGAGAACGCCGGCCACAAGCCCGCCUACAUACCGUCGUCCUGGGUCAACGACGGCGUGUGCGACUGCUGCGACACCAACGACGAGUACGCGUCCCGGGUGGAGUGCGUCAACAACUGCAGCGAGCUGGGCCGGGAGGCUCGUCUGGAGCAGCAGAAGGCGGAGCAGCUGGCGCGCGAGGGUAACAAGCUGCGCCUGGAACUGGUGGCCAGGGGUAAGACCCUCAAGACGGAGCACCAGUCGCGCCUGGCCAAGCUGAGAACGGACUAUGUGGAGGCGGAGCUCAUCAAGAAGGAAAAGGAGAUACUGAAGAGGCAGGCGGAGGAGCUGGAGAGCCUGGCGUUGGAGAAGUACAAGCCCGCCGAGGAGGAGCAACCGGCCGAGGAGGCCGUCGAGGACGACGACGAGGAGGAGGAGGGACUUUCCGAGGCAGAGGAUUAUUUCAAAAUGUUGGACUCGGAUUCCAGCGGUACGAUAACGAUAAUAGAGCUGCAGACCAGGAUUACGUUUGACAGGAACAGGGACGGUGUCGUGUCGGACGAGGAGGCGCUGUAUUUCCUCGGCAAUAAGGAGGAGGUCUCUCCGCAGGAGUUUGUAGAUAUCGCGUGGGCAAACAUAAAGCCUUUCGUCAUGUUGGAGCAAGGUAUGUUCAAAGCUGCCAAGGAUAAGGAAGAGCUCGACAAGCAGCCUGUCGAAGAUUCGGAUCACGAGAGGGAAGGAGAGCUCCCUGAGGGGGAGGAAGAGGAGGUCCCUGAGGAGGAACACGAGAAGGAACCAGCGGAGCCGGAAGUUCAAUACGACGAGGAGACGCAGGCGCUCAUCGACGAGGCCACCACUGCUCGCGACCGUUUCCAGGAGGCGGAGAAGGCCAUCAAUGAGUUGCAGUCGGAGAUCAGACAGCUGGAGGAAAAGAUGGACCGCGAUUACGGGCCUGAGGAGGUGUUCGCGUCCCUCGACGGCGAGUGCUUCGAGUACACGGACUUGGAGUACAUUUACAAACUGUGUCUAUACUCCAUGGCGACCCAGAGGUCCAAAUCCGGUGGUAGCAGCGUCAAUCUGGGCCACUGGAACGAGUGGGUCGGGCCGGCCGGUGCCAAAUACACCAAGAUGAAGUACGAUCGGGGCCUCACUUGCUGGAACGGCCCGGCGCGUUCCACCGUCGUCACCCUGUUGUGCGGAACGGAGAACAAACUCCUGUCGGUAACGGAGCCGAGUCGCUGCGAGUACGCCAUGGAGAUCUCCACGCCGGCGCUCUGCAAUCCCAGCGCGACGGAGGCCGCCGACAGGCACGACGAACUGUGAACUCAUUCAUUCGUUAGUAAAAUGAAAGCGCGGUCGGUUGCACGUACAAUGUGAAUGUCAAGCACUUACGCUCCUUCGGCGGGCUGCGAGGCGAGCAUCGAGUUGCGAAGGUCGAUAAGAAAUAUAACGUUGAAUUAAGAAAAAUCUGUCUGUCAUAAGUAUCUCCAGCGCAAUCGCGACUAGUAAUGUAGCUAGUAAUCCUUACUUCGAUGGAUAUCUGUUCUCGGGACAUAUUUUGGAAUUCUAUGUCGCAUUCUUUUCAGUGUAAUUCGCAAUCAUUGUCGCGACCGCUUAGUUUCGAUAUACAAUCUGUGUUGUUAUACCUUUUAUUGUUAGUAUUGAAACUUUGUACUCCAAGUUCUUGUCUCUCAAAGAUGAGACGAAAUCGUUAUUGUGGACAAAAUACGUUGUCAACAAAAUCUAAUCGUAUGUUGGUUGGACCAACAAAUUUCAUCGCUCUUACAUUAACAAAUCGUGGACCGUUCGAAAUCAUUAUAUUCCAUUGACCCGCUAUUUUAAUUCGUAUAUACUUAAUUCGAUUGUUACAACAUUGUACAUUGUCAUCGGUCCACAAUAUGUUAAAAGGAAGAAGCUUUUUGAUUAAUCGAAUUUAGUAUGUGAAUAUAUAUUACUGCAAUUAUAAUUAUUUCAAUAAUUUGAAACAAAUAAGAUAAAUGUAUUAUUAAGAUACUUAGGUGUUUCCGUUAAAAUGUACCGCUACAUACGCAAAUUACAACGAUUACGAUCGCGAUCGAUAAUUCGUCCUUGCGUCCGACGAGUCUUUACACAGUAUUGAGGUUCGCUAAGUGAUAAAGUCCGAAGAGUAAUUAUCUUGAAUCUUAUCCAGUUUUGUAAAAACCGCAGAGAGACGCCAUUGUUACGCGCGAAUUCAUUGCCAACAUGUUGAAACUCGCUGUUACAUUCCUCAUUUUGUACACAAAGCGUUUCUACGUGAAUCUAAGAAUAAAGUCGAAAUGUAAUAAUGUGA